UCUCCCAGCGCCACCUCCGGAAGUUUGGUCCCGGUGAGGGCGGCGCGAAGCCGGGGAGCGAGAUGUGCAGCGGCGCUGGGAGUGAACGAUGACCAGGCUGCUGGGCGUGACACACAGAGUCGCCUUGGCCGCCGUGCGCUGCAGUCGCUUCGGCUGCAGGGCGCUCGGCAUGUUCUACGCCGUGAGGAGAGGCCGCAAGGCCGGGGUCUUUGUGACGUGGGACGAGUGUAGAGCACAGGUGGACCGCUUUCCUGCCGCCAGAUUUAAGAAGUUCGCCACAGAAGAGGAAGCCUGGGCAUUUGUCAGAGGCUCCGGGAGCCCCGAAGGCUCAGCAGGGCAGAAAGAUGAACGUGUACAAGAAUCACAGGUGAAAGGCAACAAGCGACUCCGUGAGCCUGUGGCUGAAGGAGACCAGAACGCAGAGCCGUGUGCAAAGCAUGUAAAACCGAGCGUGGAGGCAGCCCUGCCCGUUGGCAAGGACUCCUUCUCUUACAUGGGAGAAUACGUCGUCGUCUACACCGACGGCUGCUGCUCCAGUAAUGGGCGGAGGAGGGCACGAGCAGGAAUCGGUGUUUACUGGGGCCCGGGCCAUCCUUUAAACGUAGGUAUUAGACUUCCUGGACGACAAACCAACCAAAGAGCAGAAAUUCACGCAGCCUGUAAAGCCAUCGAACAAGCAAGGGCUCAAAACAUCAACAAGUUGGUUCUCUAUACGGACAGUAUGUUUACCAUCAAUGGGAUCACCAGUUGGGUUCAGGGUUGGAAGAAGAACGGGUGGAGGACAAGCACCCGGAAAGAGGUGAUCAAUAAAGAGGACUUCCUGGGGCUGGAGAAACUGCUCCAGGGCAUGGACGUGCGCUGGAUGCAUGUUCCUGGUCAUUCUGGAUUUGUGGGCAACGAGGAGGCUGACAGAUUGGCAAGAGAAGGAGCCAAGCAGUCUGAAGACUGAACGAGGUUACUGUCACUCUCGGACAAACCGGAGCCACUGGCUUUUUCUGACAUCACUUACCGGUGUGAAAACUGAAACUACAGGAGGAGCGUCACUGUCCAUGGAGACACGGACAAACUGAGUCAGAAAGAUAAGAUGGCAUUCUAAUAAAAAGUGGUUAAAUGGGGA